UGGGAUCAGUGUGAGGUGGUAGAGGUUUGUUGUUGGGGUCAGUGUGAGGUGGUAGAGGUUUGUUGUUGGGGUCAGUGUGAGAUGGUAGAGGUUUGUUGUUGGGGUCAGUGUGAGAUGGUAGAGGUUUGUUGUUGGGGUCAGUGUGAGAUGGUAGAGGUUUGUUGUUGGGGUCAGUGUGAGAUGGUAGAGGUUUGUUGUUGGGGUCAGUGUGAGAUGGUAGAGGUUUGUUGCUGGGGUCAGUGUGAGAUGGUAGAGAUUUGUUGUUGGGGUCAGUGUGAGAUGGUAGAGGUUUGUUGUUGGGGUCAGUGUGAUAUGAUAGAGGUUUGUUGUUGGGGUCAGUGUGAGGUGGUAGAGGUUUGUUGUUGGGAUCUGUGUGAGAUGGUAGAGGUUUGUUGUUGGGGUCAGUGUGAGAUGGUAGAGGUUUGUUGUUGGGGUCAAUGUGAGAUGGUAGAGGUUUGUUGUUGGGGUCAGUGUGAGAUGGUAGAGAUUUGUUGUUGGGGUCAGUGUGAGAUGGUAGAGGUUUGUUGUUGGGGUCAGUGUGAGAUGAUAGAGGUUUGUUGUUGGGGUCAGUGUGAGAUGAUAGAGGUUUGUUGUUGGGAUCAGUGUGAGAUGGUAGAGGUUUGUUGUUGGGGUCAGUGUGAGAUGGUAGAGGUUUGUUGUUGGGGUCAGUGUGAGAUGGUAGAGGUUUGUUGUUGGGGUCAGUGUGAGAUGGUAGAGGUUUGUUGCUGGGGUCAGUGUGAGGUGGUAGAGGUUUGUUGUUGGGAUCAGUGUGAGGUGGUAGAGGUUUGUUGCUGGGGUCAGUGUGAGGUGGUAGAGGUUUGUUGUUGGGGUCAGUGUGAGAUGGUAGAGGUUUGUUGUUGGGGUCAGUGUGAGAUGAUAGAGGUUUGUUGUUGGGGUCAGUGUGAGAUGGUAGAGGUUUGUUGUUGGGGUCAGUGUGAGAUGGUAGAGGUUUGUUGUUGGGGUCAGUGUGAGGUGGUAGAGGUUUGUUGUUGGGGUCAGUGUGAGAUGGUAGAGGUUUGUUGUUGGGGUCAGUGUGAGGUGGUAGAGGUUUGUUGUUGGGGUCAGUGUGAGAUGGUAGAGGUUUGUUGUUGGGGUCAGUGUGAGGUGGUAGAGGUUUGUUGUUGGGGUCAGUGUGAGAUGGUAGAGGUUUGUUGUUGGGGUCAGUGUGAGAUGGCUAAAAGACAAGUUAGGUCCCUAGUAACAUUUAUGGCAGUUUAAUGACUAAAUGACAAACUGGGUCAUUAGUGACUUGUGUGAGGAGUAAAUGAACUGGGUCAUUAGUGACCUGUGUGAGGAGUAAAUGAACU